UUGUUGAAAAAUGUCACCGGCUCAUUGUCAUUUCAAGAUAUACGUAAAGUCGAUGGACAUCAGCAUCCAACGUAUAAAGAUGCAUGCCUUGCACUCGGUCUUCUGGAAGACGACAACCAGUGGGAAUGUAUGCCUGCUGAAGCAGCACUGAACUGUACUGCAAAGCAAAUUCGUCUACUAUUUGCUAUAGUAUUAACUACAUGUUUCCCUGCCCAUAUAGAAGCGUUAAGGGAUAAUCGCAAAGAUUUGAUAACUGAUGAUAGACGGUAUCAUCAUCGCAAGCGUUGCAACGAUCUAACGAAAGCAUUCAGCAAUGCUAUGUACAAUGAAGCACUGAUCGCUAUUGAGGAUCUUUGCAUUAUUAUUGCCAAGUUGCCACUCAGUCAUUUCGGUAUGCCUUCACCAAAUCGAAGUGCAUCUGAUUUAUAA